AUGACACUGACCAACCAACUCAUCGAUCAAGAAUUCAUCAACCCACCCUCCUCAUUAAAAAUAUUAUUAUUGGUAAAAACAUUCAAUGAAACUUCUGCAAUGAAUGACGAGCAAAGACAAGAUGAAUGCAAGCUCUGUCUUUUAACCUACUAUUGUCAUGUUCAAAGUAGUAGUAGCGUACUAUAUCUAUCAUCAUGUGCUGCAUCUACAUUCAUAUGUCCAAACGUGAAUAAGACAACGACAAUAGGCAAAUCAACCUUUUCAUUUUCAACUUCAACUGCAUCAUCUUCAUCUUCUUCAUAUACAAAGAAACAUUAUAAUAAUAGUGGGAAUAAUAAACAAUAUACAAGUAAUCAAAAAUAUGAUAGUAGAUAUAAACAAAGAAAAUAUGAUGAUCAAAGACAACAACAACCAUUACGAAAUGAAGAUCAUCAAGAUAAACCAAGAAAAGAAGAUGAACAUAGGGAGGAAGAAGAAGAAGGAGGAUACAUGAAAUUAGAAUGGGGAUUAACAGUUGAAGAAGGACAAGUACAGAUAGUUUAUGGAGAAUGGGGUGACAAGUUUAUCAUUAUCAACAAACCAUUUGGAUACCCUAUUCAAUCUAAUCUCAAUCAUAGUGUCGAGAAACUUGUCGUCACUCAACUAUUAAACACCUAUCAACAACUCAUGAAAGAGUAUUAUCAUGACCCUACACUCUACAAGGGAAGAUUCAAAAGAAGACUAAAGAACCUUGAAGAGUUUUUUGAAAGAGAUCAACCAUUUGCCUAUUUCCCAAAUCGUCUUGAUAAAUGGACUUCUGGUUUGGUUGUUGUAUCACUUACAUCACAAGUUUGUGCCAUUCUAUCACAAUCAAUGCCAAGAUGGAAAAAGAAAUAUAGAGUUGUUACAGAUACACCUAGAUGUAUGGCAUCUGACAUGAGUGAAAUAACUAUUAUCAAUAAUUACAACAAGAAUAAUAAUCAAACAAAAAAGAAAAAGAGUAGUAGUGAAGAUCAAACUACAAAUACAAAUAUUUCUUCUUCUUCUUCCUCUUGUUCAACCAAUCGUGCAUGUUGUAUGAUUUCAAAAUAUAUUGGACCACAAGAAGAGGGAGGACCAAUCAUGUGUAAUGGUUCUACUUCUCUAUUCAAAUCUGGUGAAAUCACUUCAUACAUGUCACAGAGAACACAACCAGCACCAAUAUUUAAUCGUAAUCAACAAAUAUUACUUGAACAACAACAAAAUCUAGGAUUGAUGGAUGAAGCAUCCAUUACAACCAUUAGAGAUGGUAUUGACAAAAAGGAGAAUAAUUCAUUUAAAUGCCAGAGUUGUGCAGAUAACCAAGUGGUUUAUCAAAUGAAUCAUCCAUUCCUUUCUCAUUACUUGGUGCAUGGUAGCUCGAUUGGAAAAGGUAUAAACAAGUUUGGUCCAAGAUAUGCAAAGUCGGAAUUUGAAUUAAAGGGUUUUGGAGCUGGAAAGGCAUUAUUCGAGGUUGCUUUACAUACUGGUCGUACACAUCAAAUACGAGUUCACAUGUCAGAAUCUGGUUUCCCAAUUGUUGGUGAUCCCUAUUAUAAUCCUUAUUUUAUUGAUCGUGUCAUUCAAAGUAAUAUAAAAAAUAUCAAAGAUAAAGAAAAGGAGAGUCAACAACUAAACAAUGAUGAGGAUGAUGAUAGUGAAAUAUCAAGAUUAUAUUUACAAUCUUAUUAUUUGGAAUUUAUUCAUCCUACAUCUCAACAACCAGAGGUUGUAACAUUGGACUUUCCUGAUAGUUGGAAACCAGUUAUCGAGAAAAUAAAAUUGAUCUAG